UCUCUCUCUCUCUCUCUCUCUCUCUCUCUCUCUCUUUCCUUGUUCUCAGGUAAGUAUUUCUUUCUGUUGUAUAGUUGGAAUAACUUUAUUCUCAAUCAUGGAAUCUGCCAAAGAAAUGUCUUCAGCCAAAGAAAUUGAAGAGGGCUGCUCUAAUUUACCACCCCCACAGCCUCUACUCCUAAACCCAAAGGUUGGAGAAUGGAGUGAAAUAGUAAUUGAGGAGGCUGUAAUCAGGGAGCAGCUUGAGGACUCUGUGUCUGUGGCAAUAAACAUGCCCCCUUCUCCAAUUCCAACUCCCAAAAGAGUUAACUUCUCGCCCUUACCUAGUCCUAAUAGACUCAAGCUUAAUGGAUCUCCAUCUCCUUCAACCAAACCAAAAUCCUCCAUCAAAAAUCUUCUUCCUAGACUCAGCUUCAAAUUCCGGAAUACAAACUCAGAUAUUGAAAAGGCUGCUAUCAUAGCACUGCAAGUUUCCCCUGAGAUGCCUUCGACUUCGAUUCCUAGGACAUUCUCUCUUUCCAAGAUUUUCCAACCAAAGAUGGAUAGGACAUCAUCUCUACCAACUUCUCCUAUUCUCCACUCAAAUCCCGAGUCUGCGCAUGGAGGAUUUACCGGUGUUGCAGCUACAGGCGGGUGCCAGCUACCAAUGCACCGUUCACGCUCUGUACCUGUUUUAAACAAAGAGGGAAGUAUAAAACAGAUGGACUCUUUGGGCAGUGUAUAUCGUGUGGUGCCUACUACUCCAAGGAUUACCGAACAGACUUCUGCAGCAUCUCCACCUGUUGGAACAAUUGGUGCAGAUGAGAAGAAUGAUUAUGCUGAGGACAUCCCUCAGGAAGAGGCUGUUUGUAGAAUCUGCUUUGUUGAGCUGGGUGAGGGCUCAGACACACUGAAGAUGGAAUGCAGCUGUAAAGGUGAACUUGCUCUAGCCCACCAGGAAUGUGCUAUUAAAUGGUUUAGCAUAAAAGGGAACAAGACUUGUGAUAUCUGCAAGCAAGAGGUCAAAAAUUUAUCUGUCACGCUCUUACGCAUUCAGACCAAUCAAACUCGAGGGUAUGGAACUCGACCACCUGAAAUAACUCGAUACAGGGUGUGGCAGGAUGUUCCGGUUCUUGUGAUCGUCAGCAUGCUUGCAUAUUUUUGUUUUCUAGAGCAACUUUUGGUCAAGAAAAUGGGAUCAAGUGCAAUUGCCAUAUCGUUGCCCUUUUCGUGUAUAUUAGGUCUCCUCGCAUCAAUGACCUCGACUACCAUGGUGAGGAGGAGAUAUGCUUGGCUGUAUGCUACGAUUCAGUUUACAAUGGUGGUUAUUUUCGCGCAUAUCUUUUACUCAUUGCUCCAUGUGCAAGCGGUUCUAUCUGUUCUGCUUGCGACGUUUGCUGGUUUUGGAGGUGCUAUGUGUGGCACUUCCAUCCUUUUCGAGAUACUCAAGUGGAGAAGAACAUGGAGAAAUUGGUCGGCUUCCCAACACGAUGCUGCUCAAGCUUCGGAGACUAGUGAUGCACCCUCAAACAGAGUGGGUGGAAAUGGCCAACACAACUGACACACAGUUGCUCUCAAAUCUUUGUAAAUAUUAUACCACCUUUGAUAAUUCACCUUCAAAUCUUUGUCAAACAAUUGUAUAGAAUUGGAUAUCGGGUGUAGACAUGAUUCAAUUUGUUGACCUAAGGAACAUGCAUAUAUAUCUAUAGCAAGUGAUCAUUUUUGAAUA